AUGGCAAUGGAGAUUCUAAAGAGCAAGAACUGCAGUACUGUCAUUGCCCUAGCGGAGGAUUUUAUUGCUGUGACUCAGAAGGUGAUUUCAUUUCAUAAUCUUGACUAUAGUAUAUCUGAAUCUUUCUCUGCUAUUGUAAAUGUAAUGACUUUCCACGGUCAAAAACCCUCCCCAUCUGUUCCCACAAUGAACGAAUCUUUCCCACCGUUGCUUCUUCUUCUUCUUCAUUGUUCAAUCAUCUCCUAA